AAUAAUAAUAAUAAUAAUAAUAAUAAUAAUAAUAAUAAUAAUAAUAAUAAUAAUAAUAAUAAUAAUAAUAAUAAUAAUAAUAAUAAUAAUAAUAAUAAUAAUAAUAAUAAUAAUAAUAAUAAUAAUAAUAAUAAUAAUAAUAAUAAUAAUAAUAAUAAUAAUAAUAAUAAUAAUAAUAAUAAUAAUAAUAAUAAUAAUAAUAAUAAUAAUAAUAAUAAUAAUAAUAAUAAUAAUAAUAAUAAUAAUACUAAUAAUAAUAAUAAUAAUAAUAAUAAUAAUAAUAAUAAUAAUAAUAAUAAUAAUAAUAAUAAUAAUAAUAAUAAUAAUAAUAAUAAUAAUAAUAAUAAUAAUAAUAAUAAUAAUAAUAAUAAUAAUAAUAAUAAUAAUAAUAAUAAUAAUAAUAAUAAUAAUAAUAAUAAUAAUAAUAAUAAUAAUAAUAAUAAUAAUAAUAAUAAUAAUAAUAAUAAUAAUAAUAAUAAUAAUAAUAAUAAUAAUAAUAAUAAUAAUAAUAAU